AUGGCGUCCUCGAGUCUGGGGCAGAUGUCCGCAACGCUCAUCCAGCGGUCCAAAACACUUCUGAACAAGGAUUUGCAAAGAAUAUGCAGGGCAGAAGGAGUAGCCACCAGCGGCGUCAAGAGCCAGCUGCAGGGCAGAGUGACUGAUUUAAUAAACAGAGCUGUCCUCAACAACGACCACGCUCUCUUUAAUCGUCUGCAACAUCACAUCUCCAACGGCCCCGGCGCCCCUGCCGCGGAUUACAGCACCUACCCGUCGCGCACUGCGACUUCAUCUUCUCCAAGCAUGCCUAACGGGCGGGGCGGCAUGGCAAAUGGGUACCAACGAUCGCCAUAUGGCGGCUAUCAAACGCCCGCCCAACCAGCGCGCCCGCAGUACUUCUUCAAGGAGAGCCCGUUCUUCGAGAUUCGAGACAUGUUGCUAAACAACAUCACUCUUGACACCUCUCCAAGCCACCGCCAGAGUGUUAACAAGCACCUAACCCUAAACGACGCACAGAGUGCUCGGUUGCGUUCAGACCCCACAUUGCGUGUCUUGCUCUUCUGUGCUGUAGAACAGCCAUUGGCCCCAUUCACGCGACUAGAUAUCACCUUCCCAAGCCAAAUAGAAGUGCGUGUUAAUCAGGAUGAAGUCAAGGCGAAUUACAAGGGUUUGAAGAACAAACCAGGCUCGACGAGGCCAGCUGACAUCACCGAUCUUCUUCGCAUCACACCCGCUAACUAUCGCAAUUCAAUUGGAAUCACUUAUGCGCUGACGCAGAAGGCAAGCGACCAUCAGAAGUACAAUGUUUUCAUUUACAUGGUACGGAAGUUCUCAGUCGACGAGUUAGUCAAACAGAUCCAGAAUCGGAGUGUCAUCACUAAGGACUCGGUGCUGCGUGAGAUGAGGAAGAAAGCAGACGACCCUGACAUUGAGGUCGGGUCCAGCGUCAUGUCGCUCAAAGAUCCCAUCUCGACCCUGAAGAUCAGCACACCCUGCAGGUCCACAGUUUGCUCGCACAAUCGAUGCUUCGAUGGCGAGUCUUUCCUACAAUUGCAAGAACAAGCGCCGACCUGGACCUGCCCAAUCUGCAAUAAGACCAUCUCAUUCCAGUCCUUAGCUGUGGAUGAAUACGUACAGGACAUCCUGAGCAACGUUUCUAGGAGCACAGACCAGGUCACGGUCGAGCCCGACGGCCAGUGGCGCAACGAAAAGGAGCCUCCAGCGACUAAUCGUAAAAGUAACGGCAGCGCAUACGGCUACAACUAUGACGAGGAAGAAGAUGAGAGCGAAGAAGAACUCGUAGAGAUACCGGAUUAUCGUCUUUCAGCAAUCAAGAGCGAGGCCGCUCCGACACCGCAAUCUCUUCCAAGCAUAAGGACACCGCCCGCGCCAUCAAGAGAAGCUUCCUCAGCUCCGAGAACUGGGAGCAAACGAUCCUCUGAAGUCAUUGAUUUGACGCUGUCGGAUGACGACGAGCCGCGGCCUAAAAAGGUAGCGUACAGCACUCCUAACAGUGCACCGGAUCGGAUGCGUCAGUAUCAAUUGCCUUCCUAUUCCUCAAUGCACUCCCGGCCAGAUGGCGUACGGAUGGAUCCUCCCCUUGCACAGAGCCGUCAUUCGUACGGUACUUAUCGCGAGCCGCAAUCACACUCACAUACGAGUUUUCCCGGUCAGGGAACUUCGGCGUACCCCGCGUACAUAGAUAGUUCCCCUUGA